UCAAUACAGAAAAUUUUGAAGGCCACAAAAAAAUACAGAUAGUGUGUGUGUUCUGUUCUUUAUCCAAACCUGCCAUCCACAAACAAUCUUGAGAGAGAGAUGGCGACCGUACCGUCCUCAACUUUGCACCUCACAAAUCCAUUGUUCUCAUCUCCACAGAAACCCUACGCGCCCCUCUAUCUCCCCAAUCGCCACCGCCGCUCCGCCACUAUCCGAGCCACCACAGAAGAAGAGUCCGACGCCACCGAGCCCUCCGACCCGACAACACCGUCCGACCCGGACAGCUUCGAGAACCGGCUCUCCCAGGUCCGGUUACGUUACCGGAGCGGCACCGGAAAGAAGGCGGAGGUCCGUAAGGCCCGGAAGUCUAAGAAAGGAUCAUCCUCCUCCGGCGCCGGAUUAUACCUUCCGCCGGUGCCACUGAAGGAGCCGGUCUCCGGAGGGCUGAAGGUAGAGUUCGGAUUCAGCCCGUAUUCGGAGCGGGUCAACGGACGGAUCGCGAUGCUGGGACUAUCGGCAUUGCUGUUGGUGGAGCUGGCAACGGGUAAGAGCGUGAUAAACUAUCACUCGCCGUCGAUAGUGAUUAUUCAGGUGUAUUUCGUGGCGGCUGUUUCUGCUAUAUAUCUCAAGUUUCUGAAAGAAAGGGUUAGUUUAUGGCCACAAUCACCACAACCGGAAAAGUAAUUAUAUAUAAUAUUUAUUUAGAAUUUUGUUGUUAAAUGAAAAUAUUUUCUUACAGGGGGACUGCUACAUUGGUGUUAUCAAUUAUAUUAUUGUGUGUUAAGUGUAUAAAUUAGUAGGUGAUAUCAUAUGAACCAUAAUCAUCGCACAUUAAAUUUUUUCUGUCAGAAAUCAUUGCUAUUUUUAAAUUGGUAAAAUGUCAUGCUAUGGAACGUAUUCCAUUCCAUUUGUUUUGUUACUUCAUCUUAUAAAAUAAGUACUUGUGUUUGUCAAA